UAGCUAGAAGCCAUCGCUCUCGGCCGGCCGGCUUAAUUAAUUAACCCUUUCGAAGCCCUUGUCAACUUCUUCUCCAUGGCUAAUUUUAUUGCAGCGGCGCCUCCUAAAUAUCAGCAGCUCCGUGGCGGAGGCAUGUUCUCGUCGUCCGACGACAGUGCGAUGUUGAAUCAAAUCCAAACCAUUCAUGCCCCCGAUGGCCGGGAAAUCGACGUAAAGCCGCUUCUCCACGUAAUCGAAAACAUCAUGAACCAUUCUGGCCCCACUGCCAAAGUGUCUCAAGGACAGUUAGUCGACGCAAUCGAGGAGAAGGUCUUCCACGAUGGCUUGGGUGAAAUGCUCGAGCUUGUGUCCCACACAAUAAAUAAGAUUUCUUGCGAGAUGUCUUGCAAGUGCUUAGGGGGAUCAGACGCCCACGCAACCACGCUGGCUAUCUUCCACUUACUUGCGAGCUACACCUGGGAAGCCAAGGUGGUGAUCGCCCUGGCCGCUUUUGCCGUCAACUACGGUGAGUUCUGGCUGGUGGCUCAGCUCUACCUCACCAACCCGCUCGCCAAGUCGGUGGGGCUCCUCAAGCAGCUGCCGGAGAUUCUGGAACGAGGCGACUCUCUGAAGCCCAAAUUCGAGGCGUUCACAACACUCAUCCAGGCCAUGCUGGACGUGACGGCUUGCAUCGUCGAGUUCAAUGAGCUCCCGGCUCAGUACAUUGCGCCAGACACGCCGGCGCUGUUGACGGCCAAAGGACAUAUUCCGGUCGCCGUUUACUGGACGAUUCGGAGUAUUGUGGCCUGUGCUUCGCAGAUGAUGAACCUUGUAGGCAUGGGACACGAGUACAUAGCAUCAACGACCGAGGCUUGGGAGCUUUCUAGCCUGGCCCAUAAGCUCAGCAACAUUCAUAGCCACCUCCAGAAGCAACUCGCUCUUUGUUAUCAACACGUCGAUGAGAAUAGACAUAUAGAGGCAUAUCAGACGCUGGUCCGCCUCUUUGAAACACCACACAUUGAUAACACGAAGAUCCUGAGGGCUCUAAUUUAUGCCAGGGAAGAUCAGCUCCCACUUAUUGAUGGUUCUACUAAGAGACGGGUUAGCAUCGACGUGCUGAGGAGAAAGAUCGUGCUGCUCUUCAUCUCGGACCUUGACUUGGCCCAAGACGAAAUCUUCAUCCUCCAGCAGAUGUACACCGAUGCUCGCCAGAACCCGACGAGAGACGAAAGCCAGUACGAGGUUGUGUGGCUGCCCGUUGUGGAUAGGUCGACGCCAUGGGACAGCGAGAAGCAAACACGUUUUGAGACCCUACAAGCAAUGAUGCCAUGGUACUCAGUGUUUCACCCUUCUCAGCUGGAUCCGGCGGUCGUUAAGUACAUCAAAGAGGCCUGGCACUUCAACAAGAAGCUGCUCCUGGUUGUUCUAGACCCGCAAGGCCGAGUCGUCAACCAUAAUGCGAUUCACAUGUUGUUGAUUUGGGGAAGUUUGGCUUUCCCUUUUACUAGCCUGAGGGAGGAAGGGCUUUGGAAGGAGGAGACUUGGAGGAUGGAUUUGCUCGCUGAUUCUGUUCAUCCAUCGCUCUUUAAUUGGAUUACAGAAGGGAAGUACAUAUGCUUGUAUGGAGGAGAGGACUUAGAAUGGAUCCGGAGAUUCACCGUCUCACUAAAAGCCGUCGCCAAGUCCGCCAACAUCCCACUAGAGAUCUUAUAUGUCGGAAAAAGCAACCGGCGCGAGAAAAUUCAGCGGAUCAACUCCAUCAUCUCGGCGGAGCAGCUCAGCCACAUCAUGCCGGACGUUACCCUCAACUGGUUCUUCUGGGUCCGCCUAGAGAGCAUGUGGCAUUCAAAAAUGCAGCACAGCAAGUCGCCGGACACCGACACCAUAGUCCAAGAGAUCGUCAAGAUGCUCAGCUUCGACGGCGGCGACCAAGGCUGGGCCGUCAUCAGCCGCAGCUCGGAGGAGAUGGCGAAGGCCAACGCUGACGUCAUGCUCAAAAGCUUGGCUCGGUUUGAUCAGUGGCGGGGCCGCGCCGCGGAGGUUGGCUUCGUGCCGGCGCUCAAUGAGAACCUUCAAGAUCUUCGCUCGCCGCACCACUGCAACCGGCUGAUUUUGCCGAGCACCGCCGGGAAAAUCCCGGAGAGGGUGGUCUGCGCCGAAUGUGGGCGCCCUAUGGAGAAGUUCUUCAUGUACCGUUGCUGUACCGAUUAAUCUGGUAUUAAACAAGAUGAUCAUAUAUGUAUAUGCAAAUGUAUCUGUGGAGAAAGCCGAUUGUAAUUAACAAGAGUGAUCAAUGGCGUUGCCACUCACUACUAUAAACUAUAUAUUUAUAUAUUAAAUUUAUAAAUAAAUAAAUUAUUAUACUUA